CCUCGCCGAAGAACGCAAGGAAACAGAACCAACGGAAACAUAUCGUGACAUUAGUGCUCUCGUGACGCGCUGAGAUCUUGAACUAAAUGGACUCGUGACAGAAAUACUUGCAGAAAACAAACUUGCCCUCGCCGAAGAACGCAAGGAAACAGAACCAACGGAAACAUAUCGUGACAUUAGUGCUCUCGUGACGCGCUGAGAUCUUGAACUAAACGGAUUCGUGACUGAAAUACUUGCAGAAAACAAACUUGCCCUCGCCGAAGAACGCAAGGAAACAGAACCAGCUGAAAUAUAUCGUGACCUCAGUGUAUUUGUGACGCGCAGAAGACAGAAAAAAUUAACAUAAUGCAUUCGUGAUCAAAGUACCUGCAGAAAACAAUCGUGUCUCUCGCCAACGAACGGAAAAGAACAGAAGCAACAAACGCAAUCGUGAACUCUCUAACGCAUUCGUGACGCCCAGAAAACAAAUAAAAAACAACAACAACAAAAAAAAAAAAACAAUCUUGACCUCGCCUACGAACGCAAAAGAUCAGAACCAACGGAAACCAAUCAACCAAUCGUGACCUCAAUGGAUUCGUGACACGCAGAAAUACAAGAUAAAUAACCAACAACACCAACAACAAAACACUCAUCUUCGCACCACAACGUCUCCCUCUAACUGGACUACCAUGAAGGCUUUAUUAGUGAUAGUGAACGUGAUGGCGGUGGUGUUGAUAUUGUGUCUUGAGUGCCACGCGGAGGACGAAAAGGGAGACGUAAGACACUUCGACACUGGGUACGAUAGUGGUGGUGGUGGUGGUGGUGAGGAGAUUCGAACCCAGAGGACCUUAAAAGCGGAGGUGGACGAGGAGGAUGUUGAUGCAAGUUUGAGAGCCUCGGUUGUCAAGGCCGUGAAACAUACCAGGUCACGCAAACGAGGUCACGUCAUCAGGUCAAGGUCACUGGACGACUUGGUGACCCCUACGCAGCUGACCUUCCUUGACCUCGCCCACCUGUACCUGCCCGCGAUGACCAACGUGAGCCAGGUGUGCCGACGUGACCUCACUGCGCUUUACAAUGGCAUCGCUCAACUGGACGAAAUGAUCAAGAACGGAACGAUAUGGCCCCUGAUGAUGGUGGACUCCUGGGGCAAGUUCUCGGACGGUAUGCUGGAGGGGAACUUGCAGCAGCUCGGCUUCUUCUACGAAUGCCUCAAUGUUAAGGUCUACCAGCCGCCCGAGACCCUUAACGACCCUUUCCACACCAUAAACGACCCUUCCUUACCCUUAAAUCAAGCUUCCACGCAUCAAAACAUCCUGCUAAAGCCUCCAAGCGCCCAUUCUCAGCCUCAUAACUUAAUUUCAAGGACUCAAAACCAGGAUUCGUAUCUUCCUCAGCACCUGGCAAACCUACCCUCAAACUCCCCACUCCGGCAUCAACGUCUCCCUCCCAAGGUGUAUGAAGCGAUAAAUCUACCUCACAGGCUUCUUAGAGUUCCCCCUCAGUCUUCCCUCGACCCUCAAGAGCCCCGAAGACCCCCUCGACACGCCCGCCAAGCCCUGAACGUCCCUACCCACCCUCACCACCUACAGCAAGAUGGACCACUUGGACGAUACACGGAUCUCGACGAUGAGGACUCCACCGCGACCACCACCUCGUCUCCCCUCCCUCUAGCGGACUUCAGCGGCCAGUACUGCUUGGUGACUUACGCCCAGGACGAGGAGGAGACGCUGAAGUUACUAAGGGACGAAAGAACUCCCGCCCUGUCCCUGGCCUUCCCCUUGGCGCUCUCCCUCAUGGCCUACGGCACCUGCAUCCCCUCCACCUGUACGCCCGAGGAGCUGCAGGAGAGCGUGGAGGCGGUGCUGUCGGAGGAGGGGCUGCGGGUGGCCACGAUGGACUGCCAGGUGGAGGGGCGCCGCCACACGCUGGGGGGCGCCGAAAUCACCGGCAUAGUCCUGCUGAGCGUCCUGGUGGCCCUCAUGCUGCUGGGCGCCCUCGCUGACCAUGUGACCUCAGCCCCGGCCCGGAGUCACUUCAGGGAAGGCCCACUCCAGUACCUCUUGGCCUUCUCCAUCACCACGAAUAUCAAGAAGAUGUUUCACCUGGAGACUCGGAAGCAGCCAGGUGUCAUCUCUUCCAUCCACGGCAUCAGGUUCAUCUCCAUCACGUGGGUAGUGUGGGGGCACCAGUUCGCCUACUCCAUCAGCUUCAGCCAAAACCCCGUGGAGCUGGCGAAGAUGAGCCAGCCAACCUUUGCCCAAGCCAUCACCAACGCAGACAAGAGCGUGGACACUUUCCUGAUGCUGAGCGGACUACUGGUGACCAUAGGCGUGCUGGGGAUGGUCAACAGGAUGGGACGCUUCAGCCUGCCCCUAUACCUCUUCCAUCGUGUCCUGAGACUCUGGCCCCCCGUCGCUCUCUCCACCAUGCUCAUCGCUACUCUCUCGGGCCUGCCAGUGACGGGUCCCUACGCGGAGCAGUACUGGAGCUCCGUGAUAAAGGGGUGCCGGCAUAGGUGGUGGGCCGAUGUCACCUUCACCAACAACAUCAUCUUUCGUCACCUGGACCAGAUACAGAUGGACGAGGGAGAGGGGGCGUGUUGCCUCCCCCACGGUUGGUACCUCAGCGUGGAUACUCAACUGUUCUUAAUUAUGCCGCUGUUGCUUCUUCCCCUCAUCUGGUGGCCGCGCAAAGGUUGGAUGUGGCUACUGUUAUGGACCAUCGCCUCAGUGGUUAUCCCAGCUGCUUUAAUAGGCGCAUAUGACCUCUGGCCCACGACCCUCAUCGUUAUGGACCCUGCCGCCAACUUGGAAUUUACCCACAAGGUGUACAUUACGCCCUGGUGUCGCGCGGGGCCGUACCUGGUGGGGGCGUGGGCGGGUUACCUCCUUCAUUACAGCAAGACAAAACCCUCCAUCACUCGCCUCAAGCCCUGGCAGGUGUGUCUGGGGUGGGCGGCGGCCGUGAGCGUGGCCUUUGCGGUUCUGUUCGGCCUCGCGCCCUACAACUACCUGAGCCUGACCGACCCGGCGCCCGAGAUGAGCACGGCGGAGGCUGCGCUGUACGGCGGGGCGCACCGGGCGGCGUGGGGCGUGGCGGUGGCCUGGGUGGUGGUGGCCUGCACGUGGGGCUACGGAGGUCCGGUGGCGUGGAUACUGGAGCACCCAAUCUGGCAGCCGUUCAGUCGCCUCUCCUACUGCAUCUACAUCACCUCGCUGCCCAUCCAGUACAUGCUCUUAUACUCCACCAAGAGGCUCACCUACUUCACAGUCUACGGCAAGGUCCACGAGGCUGCUGGCGUACUGGUGGUGACGGUCCUGGUGUCCCUGUUCGUAUCCCUUGCCUCGGAGGCGCCCACGCUUCGCCUCGAGAAGAUAUUACUCAGCCGGGCACCAGCCGAACGACCCCAAGCUCCCCCUACAGAGGUCACAACCCCCCCACGGCAAGAGUCAGGUCAAGGUCACGAGAUUAGUCACGUGACCCUCUUCAGCGUGAACGCGAAAGGGUAAUGGUGGUGACCUGACCUGUGACCUUUACUGAUGGUGACCUAACUCUUGGAUGGUGACUACUAACCUUGAAUAGUGUCCUGUGAUGGUGACUUCUGGUGGUGAUCUUUUCUGUUGGUGACCUUUUAAUGGUGACCUCUCCUGUAUAUAGUGUGAUGGUGGAGAUCUGUCGUUUUAUUCGUGUGUGAGUGGGGAGGGAAGGUCAACCUUUUUUUUAUAUAUCUUGACCUUCACUCACGAUAUACUUUUUUUCUUCCCAGGCUGUGGACAUAUAAAAAAAAUGUUAUAUGAGUAUUAGUAAGGUUUUU